AAUUGUUUCUAUAAGCCUGAUAUAAUUUUGAUACCAGACUUUCCAGACACACCCAUCACCUGAAUGACAUUUUUCGAAAAAUUCCAAUUGUUAUCAACUUCCUUUGUUUUUGUUGCGAAACCACGCGACUUAAAUGUUGUGAUCACUGCUUUAUCAACUAGGAAUUGUUUUCGGAAGCUGAUAAGAUUUGAACUAUAUACGCAUUAAAUAAAUAGUGCAGUUAUAACUAAAAGUAUAUAAAUAUAGUAAUCCUGCCAACAGUUUCAUUUUGUGAGUAGCUUUUAAACUAAAAUGUUGUUCAAGAGUUUGAUUUUAUUAAGUGCUUUAGUGUCUGUGGCUCAUUGUGAUCCUCGACUUAGAUUCAUCUUUUACUAUGGAUCUACUGAUUUUAUGGAAACUGCAGAGUUCAGUGCAACUAAUUUAGAAACUUUGCAUGCACAUCCAGCCUUUCAACGAAAUAUUAAGACAGUAAUGUUCCAUUAUGGAGUUGGACAGUCGGUUUCAUCAAAUCCUGUCUUUGAUAUUAUCACAUCCUACUUGUUCAACCGAGAAUACAAUUUUGUCGUGAUUUCUUAUGAGAAUAAUAAUGUUGUGUCCACUGAUACUGCUGUUGAUCUCGCUGAAGGAAUCGCAUCAGCUCUUAUUCGUCUCUUUGAUGUUGGCUAUAGUUCUGGGAACAUGAAUCUUCUCGGUUUCUCACUCGGUGCUCAAAUCGUUGCUAGAGCUUCACGUCGUGUACAAGCCAUCAGUAACCGUAGACACAUCAUUGGACGCUUAACAGGAUUAGAUCCAUUUAAUAUUGGACCAAUCUCAGCUGUUAGAAUUGGACGAAUGAGCUCAGCUGAUGCACAAUGGGUUGAAUCGAUUCAUACAGAAAAUCCAAAUCGUGGUGAUCAUUUAUCGACUGGACAUGUUCAAUUUUACUUUAAUGGUGGAAUUAGUCAGCCACAAUGUACUCAAAUCAGUCCAAUUUCUCGUUGGGAUUGCAGUCAUGACUUUGCAUUAAUAUACUGGGCUGAGUCAGUUAGAUCAACAGUUCUUACAUUCCCAGCCCUUCAAUGUUCAACUUGGGAACUUUACACUGCUGGAUCAUGCAAUAGUAAUAGCAUUGGACAUAUGGGAAGAACAACAGAGUCUAAUUUAAGAGGUGCAUACUUUUUGAGAACCAGUUUAACUCCACCAUAUGCUAGAAAUACAGCAUUACCUUAAAAAUCAUAAUCCCUGCAUGUGUAUGGAAAAAUCGAGAAACUAUCGACGUCACAAAUUUAAUCCUCAUUAUAAGCAAUAAUUUAUUAAGAUAAGAUAUUUUUAUGAAUGAAGUCGCUUAGUAAAUACAAUAAAUGUUAUCUGGAAUGAAGUUUAUUU